AUGUACAGAUUCAAUCCAACAUCCAUUUUCAGUAUAUUCAACUUUAACGUGGUUCAUCCACCUUCAAACAGCAAUAGGCCACUUUCACAAAAUCAACAACUUUCACAGAAUCAGCAACAACAAGGACCUACGCCGGUUGAUCCAUAUUACGGUUUUGAUGCACCGCAAUGGCACGACUUCUCUGUAAACGACUCAAAUGAUAACGCAGACUCUUGGUUUGACACGCACCAGGACACGCCAGUAAAGAAACCCACCAUUGAAGAUUUUCCACACGAAAAAUCUCCUGUAAUACCAAGGGAAAGGCAACACGAAAUUUUGGGUGAAAUACCAUGCAAAAGCCAACAUGAAGUUGUAGAAAAACUACCCGAAACAUCAUGUAAAAGACAACGCGAAAUUGAAGAAUUACCUCAAACAUCAUGCAAAAGACAGCACAAAAUUGUGGAAAAAUUACCAGAAACAUCAUGUAAAAGACAACGUAUUAUUGUAGAGGAAUCACCCAAAACGUCAUGUAAAAGACAACACAUAAUUGUAGAGAAAUCAUCCGAAACACCAUGUAAAAGAAAACGCGUAAGUUUAAAGGAAUCACUUGAAACACCAUGCAAAAGAAAACGCGAAAUUGUAGAGCAACCCGACAAAUCGGAAACAUCAAUUUACGAUGUAAUGCUCAAUCCACGUAGAGCACCUCUUCGAUUCACGCUUCAUCCACCAACAAAGGUCACUAUGCUGUUAGUUCCUGGCGCUGGAAUUAUGCCGAAACCUGCGGAAC